AUGGAAACACCGUUCCGAGGUCACAGGGAGAACAUGAGAACAGACGCGCGAGCUCACUUUGAUCCCGUCACUAUGAUGGGUCUGUCAGAAGCCUCUCACCGCACCGACCACCCUCACUUUGACAUAUUUGAGUGGUACCCCCGCUAUCAAAGCUGCCAGCGGUACUUCCUCGAUCACGCUCAACAUAGCACUCCCGUUCAGGCAUUGUCCUCUUUCCUUAAUAUCUAUCUCCCUUUUCAGAGACAACCGAACCCAAUUUUCAAUUCGUCUACUACAGAAGGCCCCUCAAUACACACACAAUCUCCAUCUUCCUCGCUUCGCCAACUUCAUGCUCCUCCAGCCGUUUCCCUAGUGCCAUAUAUUCGCCGCCUGGUUGCGACUGGCAUGGAUUUUCCAGGCGUUCUACAUGGAUUCUUUGGUGAUGAUUGGGUUUCUGGCGUUGGUCAUCUCCAUGAACAGGAACGACGAAAUUACUUAUUUGCUGCAAAAAGCGGCGGAUGGGCCUCAGUAAAGCAAGGCUACGAUAUGCCACCUCUGGAAACAAUACCAUUUCUGCGACCUUUACAGGGACCUGUAGACGCUGAAAUCGAGACUGCGGAAAAACUCUGGAGUGAAUGGCUUGCGAUGGAGGACUGGAUGGUUGGGCCUCGAGCUCCCGAAACCUUCAAUGGGUCUUCAGUGCAUUCGCGACCAAGAAGCUCAUGA